AUGCGUCUGGUCGACGGACCGAUCCACCUUGCCCUCGCCGCGCACGAGGUGGCGUUGCGGCAGCUGCGCGCAGCCUCCAACUACACGCAGCUCGCCGCGCGCUACGCCGUCGAUGGCAUCAUUGUCGUGCCCGCCAAGCACAUGAUCAUCCUCCAAGCCGUCGAACGCGGCCUCGUCCUCACGACCACCCACGUUCUUGCCAUCCCGACGCACCUGUGCAUCGACUCCGAGGGCUCUACCGACGCGCUCAUGCCAUUGGCCGUCGACCGCUUUGGCGACGCGUUUGCCGAGUAUGGUUCUUAUAGCAUUGGCUCGCUUCUCCUCGUCUUGCCCAGUGCGUUCAGCGGCGGCGAGCUCACGAUCGCGUUCGACGACAACUGUGCCGCGCCACCUUCAGACAUAAGCAACAUGCAAGCAUCGAAGGAGCGCAAGGGCAAGGCGCGCGCUGAGCAGAAGGCCACCGAGACGCCCGAAGAGGAAGCAGCUCGGCUGGAAAAGCAACACCUUAGCCAUGCCACUGCCCGCGCCGUCAAGAAGGCCACCGAGACGCCCGAGGAGGAGGCGGCGCGACUGGAAUAGCA